UUAGCUCCCUUCCCAUCUCUGCCUGGUUUGCUUUUUUCCUCCUCCCUUUGAGCAUCCUAUGAAAGCCGCAGUGACUAGCAGCAGCAGCAUCCAUGGCCUAAACACGCACGGCCGAGCAUUAGACAGGCGACAGCCGAUGGGAAUCUCUUGAGCGCGGCCGUGGUGCGCUGCCUCUCUUGCUCUCCAUCUGCUAACCAGGGGUUUCUCCCCCUCCUCCUGUUGUUGCAGGCUCCUUGGAGAUAGAGGAAUGCAAAUCUGUAAUCAUGAUGGAAGGAUUGAAAAAACGUACCAGGAAAGCCUUUGGGAUACGGAAAAAAGAGAAGGACACUGAUUCCACAGGUUCACCAGAGAGAGAAGGAGGACCACAAAAGAAGAGCAAUGGGGCUCCCAAUGGAUUCUAUGGCGAGAUUGACUGGGACCGAUAUAACUCUCCCCUGGUGGAUGACGAAGGUUAUAGCAUCAGGCCAGAUGAAGAUGGAGCAACCCCUAAAGACAAGUCCCAUUUUUUCUCAUCGAGUGAGUCGGAGGAAGAGGAGGAUCAGCGCAAAAAAUUUAAGAUCAAGAUCAAACCCCUGCUUGCUGACGAUGCUGACUUUGUGGCUCCUUCGGUAGAUGAAUUAAAAGCCUCCAUAGGCAACAUAACUCUGUCUCCUUCUCCUCUGAGGAGCAGUCCGAGACGUAGCCCGGGUCUGGCAAAAAGAGAUGUGCCUAGUGAAGAAAUCGAAAUUGCACGGCCAAGACGUACAGUUCCUACUGUAACUCCAGUUUCAGUUCCCUCGCCUGCCCCCACACCUGCACCUGUACCAGAACCUCCCAGUAAGAAAUCUCCAGUGCCGGAAGAUGCAGUAGCCUUAUUUGGCCCUCCACUGGAGACAGCAUGUGAUGAUCAGAGGACUGAAGUGAUGAUAGAGGAACCUGAGGUUUGGGGUGCUCCUUUACAUGAGCCAAACCCACACUCUUCUCUAGGAAGACCUUUCCCUCCAGGACUGUCUAAUGCAGACUUGAAAGCAGAGGACAUUUCAGCAAACACAAACAAACCCUCCAUGGCAGAUCUGGACAACAUUUUCGGCCCAGCAGACUCCCUUAAACCUGGAGAUAGCGCUGUGGACAAGUGGGUCUGUUUCAACGAUGAGUCACCUCAAAGACCACCACUACCAGAAGAUCCAGCUCCUCCUUUAACAAAAUCGCCCCCAUUUUCUGAAAUAUCUGCCCCUCCUCAUCCUCCAUCCGAAACACCUAGAAACACAACACCUUCUCCUCCAGCCCCCAUUCUGUCACCCAAAGAUACUGUUCCUCCCAAAGUACCCCUUCCACCAGAUGAGGUAGCCCCGCCUCCUCCAAAUGAACCUCUCCAGCCAAAUGUUGAAUCAACUACGCCCAUUCCUAAUGCAGAGGUGAUGUGUGACUCAGCCAAGACUCCACCUAGUGCUCUGGAGAUAAAUACACAUACAACCCCCCAAUCCUUGGCCCUUAAUCAGGAAGAUAAAAAUAACCCUGGGGAGGGCAGUCCAAAAGAGGACCCAAGUGAAAUUGAUGCUUCACCCAAAGAGAUUGAUCAGGGCCCUAGAUCAACACCACCACCACCUCCACCCCCCACAUACAGGGCAGUGGUGUCAUCUCCUGGGCCUACACCUCCAGUCACGAGUGGAGGAAGUGGCAGUGGCUCCUCGUCCCCUGUUCACCCUGCAACGCCAUUGGCUGCCAGCAGCCCCCCUCCUCCUCCUCCUCCUCCUCCACGGCCGCCCUCCCGUCCCAAACUGGCUUCUGGGAAAGGCAGUAUAGGGGAUGCGAAUCGGCCCUUUAGCCCUCCUGUCCACUCGUCCAGCCCUCCGCCUUUGGCACCGCUAGCACGAGCAGAGAGCACCUCCUCCAUUUCCUCUACCAACUCCCUCAGUGCUGCUUCUACACCCACUGUCGGUAAAGAGCUCUCCGUGUCUGUGUCAGAUGACGUUUUUGUAGACAAACUGCCCAGCUUUGAGAGGCGAGCUGACUUCCUAGCAGAGACAGACCAGCCCUCCCUCGUAUGGUUUGACAGAGGCAAGUUUUAUUUAACCUUUGAAGGCUGUUCUCGUGGGCCCAGUCCCCUCACCAUGGGCGCCCAGGACACCCUGCCUGUGGCAGCAGCUUUCACAGAGACGGUCAAUGCUUACUUCAAGGGAACGGAUCCCAGCAAGUGCGUAGUGAAGAUCACGGGUGAAAUGGUGUUAUCCUUCCCAGCUGGCAUCACCAGGCAUUUUGCCAAUAACCCCACACCUGCAGUGCUAUCGUUUAGCAUAACGAACUUCAGUCAUCUGGAGCAUGUUCUACCUAACCCCCAGUUACUGUGCUGUGACACCAACCAGUCCAAACCCAACUCAAAGGAAUUCUGGGUAAACAUGCCAAACCUCAUGACUCACUUAAAGAAGGUGGCCGAGCAGAAACCCCAAGCCACAUACUACAAUGUGGACAUGCUUAAAUAUCAGGUAUCAGCACUUGGACUUCAGUCCACUCCUCUGAACCUGGCCAUGAGCUGGAAGUGCGAGCCCACCUGCACUGACCUGAGAAUAGACUACAGAUACAAUGGGAAUGCCAUGACCACACCUGUGGCCCUUAAUAAUGUGCAGUUCCUUGUCCCCAUUGAUGGAGGAGUCAGGCAGCUACAAGCUGUCCUUCCUCCGGCUGUCUGGAACGCAGAACAGCAGAGAAUCUUGUGGAAGAUCCCAGAUAUCUCGCAAAAGUCUGAGAACGGAGGCGUUGGCUCCUUGCUGGCACGGUUCCAGCUAACGAACGGCCCCAGUAAACCAGCCCCUCUAGCUGUACAGUUCACCAGCGAGGGCAGCACACUGUCAGGCUGCGACAUCGAGCUUCUCGGCUCCGGAUACAGAUUCUCCCUCAUCAAGAAGAGGUUUGCUGCAGGAAAAUACCUGGCAGAUAACUAAUCUGCAUCACAGCCCCCAUGCAGAAGUGUGUGUCUAUACAGACUAAAUUCAUUUUACUCAACGCGUAGGAGAGAUGAUCAUUCUGACCUCGGCCGGAUCUUUUGGGGAUUCCCUUUAUAGAUUGUCUGACCCAGGCGGAGGCCUCACUCCAGCAGUAUUUUUAGGAUGUACUUCUCGUAUUUGUAAAACCGUAAAACGUUACAGAACUGUAUCGCCGCUGUUAGACAGCAUGGGUUUCUCCUAAGACUAGCCUCUCGUCUGUCUAACGUCUAAUCGUUGAACUUGUCGGCUGUGGCUGCCUGAAUACUUUAUAUCUCUCUAAACAUGCUGUCAGUGUUAAAGCUUCAGUAAGACAUUGUGUCUCGAGAAGUUUUCCGUCUCGAACCUCGGAGGUGUUUUCAGACUGACAUGAUGCAUUCAGACUAAAUAGGGAAAUGUUCAGGUUUCGACCUGCCGCUACUUGGCAGUCGUGGAGUUAGAGGGCAGAUCGUUUUAGAUACUACUACUUUAUUACUCAUUCAGGUUCAAAAGUUAAAUCAAAAAAAGGAAUAAAAAGACGAUCAGCAAUCGCAGCAGAUUUAUACCAUUAAUGUGAAAACCUUGUUUUUGUGCUCCAGGUUUUUGGCACGUAACGUCUUGUCCUGUUUUUGGUUCCUGUUUUUGGUUCCUGUUUGGGCAGCCACAGCUAAAACUAUGUCUUGCUUGCGAUUGUAUUUAAAAGUUAACAACAAAAAAACAACAAAAAAGGAUUUCUUUCAGUUGCAAAAAAAUGAGCUGUUUAAAAUGUAAUUUUAAAUGGAUAAUAUAUAUCUUGAAGGGCGUUUGGUGUUUUUUCCUCAUACUGGUGAAUAGCCUUUCUGUUGUUCCUAAGACAGCAGUGUUAGACUUCUGAUCACUAUAUUUUUAUUUAUUCCUGAUCAUUUGUUGUACAAAAAAAGAUUUCUGUGACUGUAUAUGUAUAAACUCUGAAUGGUAUCACAGUUUAGGAUCCUUAAAGUUAUAAAUAUUUGAUUUUUUUUUUUGUUAUUUGUGUAGUUGGUAACCUGUGUACAGUAUAAUGCGGAGGUAUAAUUUUUACAUUAAUUUCAGAUAUAAUUUUUUAAAACUCAAGUGCAAAUCAAGAAUCGAGCUGUAUGUAUAUGGGUAGGGGGGUAAAAGUGGCUGAAUACUGUAACUGUGUGGGUGGAUCAUACUUUAUGAAAGCAGUGUUAUGUAUAUCAGCACUAUUAGUUAAAACAUGAAAUGCUUUUGGACAGUUUAUUCACUUUUACCGUUCACACCAUCAUGCUGUAUUUGACUGUUCUCAUCUUCCUGUUCAGAUGUUCAGAUUAUUUCACAUCACGAGCAUGAACCCUUUUCAAACAAUGCAGCGCUUGAGUUCAUGGAUUUAUUUUGUGAAUCAUAAUGUCUCUGUGAGAUGAUAAGGACGAGGUUUGGCGAGUGGUUAGGAUGACCAAAAUGCUUCUUCUUUCUUUUUUUUGUAUUUGUGUUUACCUCCAAAACGAUCCCCAAGAGAGAAUAAGCUGCAUAUUUUUAAAUGUUAUAAACUAUUAAUAAAGUCAUAAGAAAUUGUUUCUUGUGGAAAAAAAUACCACUGAGUAACAUUUGAGCUUCCCACAUGCUCUGAUGUGUGUUGUGAAGAACAAAAACAGCCUCCUGUCACAUAAAGUGGCAGCUGUAGAGAAAACACUGGUGCUUCAAGAAAGUUUAUUCCCCUUUCAGUCUCUCAUCCCCCCCUUAUAUCUGCUGUACAUUGUGGAGGAUCAGAGGAUCAGUGCAUUGGCCUUUAACAUUAACGCAACAUUCCGCAUUAAAUUGAACACAUUUUGGGACUCCUGCGUGCAGUUUUAUAGCAGUGGAUGAGUUUCUCUCCAUAAUCCAAACUGAAGUGUUAUCCAGGCUGUGCUUGAGAACCAGGAAGUUGUGUUUGUAUGUCAGUCAGGUACUGUUAUUGGUGGGUGAGUGGCGGGUGAGUGUGUAUGUGAGUGUUCCUGAGGUUGUGAGCAUGUUUGACCGUCUGUUGUUUGAUCAUUCUAAAGUUUUCUUGCCAGCAACACGUGCAAGCUGUGUUUGUACAGACGGUAUUAACAAUGAACCCAAUAUUCUUUGCUCUUUCCAAACCAAUAAAAGAUGUAAGCAGAG